CAAAAACAAUAUUGUUUUCCACAAAAAACUUACAUUAAAAAUGAAAUAUUGUGAUAUUUCUACAAAGUUAAAAAAAAAUUAAUUUUAUUUAAUUGUAAUUAAUUUUAAUUUUUUUUCGUUUGAAGUAAUUUUAAUUUUAUUUUCUACUUUUUUCAAUUUUAAUUAAUUUUAGUUAUUUUUCCAAUGUUAAUUGAUUUCAUAUGAUUCCAAUUAAUUUUAUUUAAUUCGAAUAAAUUUUAUUCUCAAAAAUGACUGAUAAAUCAAAAUCAAUUUUGGCGUUGCAGUAUGCAGCAGCAAUCACAGGUUGCAUAACCGUCACCGGUUACGGCACAAUAAUAUCCUGGAGUUCACCAGCACUACCAUUUCUGGAGAGUUCUGCGUCUCACAUUAAAAUCACACUAAAUCAAAGUUCCUGGAUAGCGUCCCUCUAUCUAAUUGGAUUUAUCAUCGGCUUCAUUCUAAAUCCUCUCGUUGUCGAUCGACUCGGUCGGAAAUGGACCCUAAUACUCUUCGCCCUACCACAAAUAAUAUCAUGGCUUCUAAUAAUUUUUGCCCAAAAUCACCAAACUCUCUACUGUGCACGUCUAAUCGGUGGUGCCGGCUACGGUGGCGGCCUCUGCGCAAUGACCGUCUACAUGACUGAAAUUGGCAACAAAAAUAAUCGUGGAAUAUUUCUCAUACUCAUCCGCCUCUCAAUGGGCCUCGGUUUCUUAUUAACAAUGUUCCUCGGCGCCUACUUUACCUAUCAACAAAUGAAUUUUGUCCUCCUAAUGCUACCAAUAUGUUUUGUCAUCCUAUUCAUCUUUAUGCCCGAUUCAAAAUAUUUUCUUGAAAUAAACCAAAGGAAUGAGCACAAAUUGAAUUCUAUUCGACAAAAAGAGGAAGAGACUGAAAAACUAAAAGUAACUUUAGAUUAUGUUGAACAAAACGAGAAUUCAAAACUAAAUUCCCCUGAGGAGGGAAACAUGAAAAAGGAAAAUUCGCAAAAUUGUGAUACAAGGGAAAUAAUUAUAUGGAAAUUAAUAAAAAAUCCAACAAACAGAAAAGCACUGAUAAUAGUCGUUGCAACCGGUUUACUGAAUAUUCUCUCUGGCCAAGCGGCAAUCGGUGCGUUUGGACAACAAAUACUCAACUACAAAACAACUCCAAUGGAUCCAAAGAAGGCAAUGAUUUUACUAUCUGCCCUGAAUGCAAUAGCCUGUCUAGUUAGUACACAAAUUAUCGAAAAUAUAAAACGUCGCAACAUUUUACUAUUCUCCGGACUUAUCUCCUCACUAUCACUUAUAUCAACCGGCGUUUAUUUCUAUUUCGAAAAAAAUAUUCCACCCGAAAAAAUUUUUGGUUUCUUACCAAUUUUAUUCUUAUCGAUAUAUGACGUCCUAUUGAGUACAGGACCAAGUAAUAUAUUUUAUAUUUAUCAAGGUGAAUUAUUUGCGAAUGAAGUGAAAAGUGUUGCAGUGACUGUUGUAAAAUUUGUGUACAUUAUUUUUGGUUUUCUAACGGUUUAUUAUUUUCAACUAUUGACAAAAUCAGCUGGUAUACAUUGGAUAUUUUUCAUUUUUGGUUUAUGCUGUGGUUUAGGAACGAUAUUAGUUUAUUUAAUGGCACCCGAAUCAAGGGGCAAACAUCUUGAGGAAAUUCAAGAGACUUUAAAAAGACGAUCAUUAUUUUACAGAAUUCAUAAUUGUUUUCAAAAUAAACAUAGCAUUAAUUUCUAAUUGUAAUUCUCUUGUAAUUUUAUUAAAGAUAUUCAAUUUUUUAAUAAAUUUCUAGAUAUUUAUUUAAAGGUCCA